UGUACGUGACUUAUAUCAUACAUUUAUGACAUUUCUAUUGACAGACACGUACUUCUUGGCCACUGGGUACAUGAUCAAUUGUUGUGGUGUACUCGACACAUGGUACUAUGACGCAGAUGUCGAGAACGAAGAGGUUGAGCUUCACGUUUGGCGACCAACCACAGGAGAUAACUUCCGACUAAUAAGCACGACCAAGCAUACUGCUAAUAAAGACAAUAAACAGACGGUGACUCCAGUUAAUUUUCCAUUGGUACUCCCAGGGGACCGUUUAGGAUGGUAUUCAACCGCUGAUGUCAUUGGUUAUAAAACCGGUGGAAAUGAUGCAAACGCGAUUUACUUACCUGCAACGUCUGUUAACACAGCAGGUGACGUCACAUGGGUCGGAACGACUGUAUCACAAGAAUGGGCGAUAGGAGCAAGGCUUGGUGAACCAUCAAAUCCUGUGUAUACCGGACAGACCACUGGGACAAUAGAGGACUCGGCGAGUGUAAAUGACAUUGUCACAAUAACGGUAUCAUUCACAGACACCGAUUAUCUCGAUAUAAUAUCGAUAAGUUUGCCAACACCUAACACAUAUUUUGACGUGUCUGAUAACGGUGAUAAUACCGCAACAAUAAAAGUAAAAAGUUCACUUAUACCUUUGUCUGGAAAGACUGAAACAUUAACUGUCACGGCUGAAGACCUUUGUGGACAUAAAGUUUCACAGGAUAUAGUUAUAAGCAUUAUAAAUACGCCGCCGGUGUUGACAGGGCUUGUGUCGUCUAUUGACACGCUAGAAGAUGUCAUAUUUGAACGAGAACUUACUAAGUUUACAUGUACAGACAGUUCAACAUUAGACGUGUCAGUGUCUGCAUCCCCAGCACACAAUCCUUCUUAUUUCUACGCUAAACCCACUGGAGUUGCUAAUGAAUAUGGAUUGUACGCCAGAUCACAACUGGACAAAACAAAAGGUCAGUUUGACUACUACACACAGAGGGAUUACACUUUAACUGUCACAUGUACAGAUGAUGUUGAUAUAACUACUGCUACUGUGAUCGUUAAUCUAAUACAGAACACACCUCCAGUUAUUGACAAUAUUCCAGCUGACGGUUUAUUAGAAGAUGUCAGUGCACUGGCACCGAAUGGAACUAUAGUAUUUACUGUUGAUUUCCACGAUGACAAUGAUGACACAGUAGACGUUGCUUUUACAUGUAUCCCUGCAAAUUGUCCAUUCUAUGUGCUUGAUUCUGGCGAAGUUAUGGUAAUAGAUGAUAUCACACAGUAUCCUGAAUCUGGCUAUGACAUAUUUAUUGGAGUUGCCGACCAAAGGAACUUUGGAAUAAAUAGAACUUUGUCUGUUCGCAUAACUGACAGAAACAUCCCACCUGUGUUCCUAAACUUGGAUAACACUGAGACAAUAGACGAGGGCACUGCAGCUGGGACAAGUGUUUUCACAGUUCUAGCCAAGGACGAUGACGGAGAUCCCUAUACGUUCUCCUGGUCGGAACCAAAUGGAGGCACCUCGUAUUUUGAUCUGAACCCUACAAGUGGUUUAAUAUCAACAUCUGUACUAAUCGACUACGAGGAUCUACCGAUCACGCCACCAUUCCUGUUUAAAGUACUUGUUUCUGACGGCCAGGAUACAUCUACCGCUACCUUAACGCUGUCAAUAGUUGACAAAAAUGAAAACCUUAGUCUUAGUUCCUCCACAUAUAGAAUGGAUGUUUUAGAAUGGACAGUUGUAGACACAAUUCUUCCUAUCCCAGGAUUUCUCAUUAUUGAUGUCGAUACAAGGGAUACAUAUAUCUGCACCAUUGACUGUGGUAUCACAUAUGAUGGGUAUUACCAUAUAAAUCCCGGAUGUAACAAGACAUUUGCUGCAUUAGCUGUGGCGUCGUUGUAUAAAUUAGACGAAGGUAUGCCAACAACCGUGACGUGUUUAUUUACAGUAGAAGAUGAAUUUGGAUAUACUGAUACCGCUACACUUGUCAUCAACAUCCUUUAUGGGAAUGACUUCACACCAGUGUUUUCUACUGACAUCUACGACUUUACAGUCGAUCCAAUUGCUCCGUCAAACACACCUGUCGGUACAGUGAUAGCUACAGACAGUGAUGCUGUUACCUAUAUGGAGUUUUCUUAUUCCCUCGUCUUUAAUGGGGUUGAAGAACAAUAUUUCAAAAUUGACGGUUCGACCGGUGAGAUAAAGACAUUAAAGUCAAUGUCUGCUUGCAAAUGCGAUGAUGAAACUUUCUUUCUGACGGUUCUUGCCACAGAUGACGGAGGUCGUGUAGGAACAUCUACAGUACAAAUCACUGUCACAGAUACAAACAUAUUUACUGACAGAUAUAAAACAUUCUGGGAAGACGAGAGAAACCCUGUAUGGUUCAGUAUUCUAAUGCUGUUGAUAGCAAUCACUACUGUUGUAACCAUAUACGUUUGCUUAAAUCACGUGUUCAUGACGUCAUGUUGCAAUUUACAAUGUUUAACGAGUACAAGGAGAUUUAACUGGAGGUCAUACAACAGAAGAGAGUCCUCGCCACCACCUUCACCAACCCCAAGAAGAAGAAAUAACAAGACAAAACUCAUCAGUGUCAGGAAAGCCCCACAGAGCCACCACAGUUGGCAGAACGAUGCAUAUUUCUUCUGAUUCGAAAACAAUGGAAAUGACACUUUUUAUCUUUUAAGUUUGUGCAGCUUUACCUAGGUUACAUACAAAAAGACUAUACUUGCGAUAGUUUCUAUACCUUUGCCAGCCAUUUGAGCACACAUCAUUUUGAACUUAUUUAAUGAUGUUUUUGUAAUGAAUUAAA